AUGGCCGAAUUUGUACGCGCUCAGAUCUUCGGCACGACGUUCGAAAUCACAUCCAGAUACUCUGAUCUCCAGCCAGUGGGCAUGGGCGCUUUUGGUCUGGUCUGCUCCGCCAAAGAUAACCUCACCGGACAAAAUGUCGCAGUCAAGAAGAUCAUGAAACCCUUCAGCACCCCGGUCUUGUCGAAAAGAACCUAUCGAGAAUUGAAGCUGCUCAAGCACUUGAAGCAUGAGAAUGUCAUCUCGCUGAGUGAUAUCUUCAUCUCGCCUCUUGAGGACAUAUACUUUGUCACCGAGCUCCUUGGCACCGACUUGCACCGCUUGCUCACAUCCCGGCCGCUUGAGAAGCAAUUCAUACAAUACUUCCUGUACCAGAUCCUCCGCGGACUCAAAUAUGUCCACUCUGCCGGCGUCGUCCAUCGCGAUCUCAAGCCCAGCAACAUCCUCGUAAACGAGAAUUGCGAUCUGAAAAUCUGCGACUUCGGUCUGGCACGUCUGCAGGACCCUCAAAUGACUGGUUAUGUCUCCACGAGAUACUACCGAGCGCCGGAGAUUAUGCUCACAUGGCAGAAAUAUGAUGUAGAGGUUGACAUUUGGAGUGCAGGGUGUAUCUUUGCAGAGAUGUUAGAGGGCAAGCCUCUGUUCCCAGGAAAGGAUCACGUCAACCAAUUCUCCAUCAUCACCGAGCUUCUAGGCACCCCACCAGAUGAUGUUAUCCACACCAUUGCCAGCGAGAAUACCUUGAGAUUCGUCCAAUCCCUCCCAAAGCGUGAAAGACAGCCUUUGAAGGACAAGUUCACAAAUGCCGAUCCUCUAGCGGUCGAUCUCCUAGAGAAGAUGCUUGUAUUCGAUCCCCGAAAGCGGGUAAAGGCCUCCGACGGCCUAGCCCACGAGUACCUCGCCCCAUACCACGACCCAACCGAUGAGCCUGUGGCAGAUGAGAAGUUUGAUUGGUCAUUCAACGAUGCGGACCUGCCGGUGGAUACAUGGAAAAUCAUGAUGUACGAGCAACUUUACGAAUACCAAGAGGAGCAAGCCAACCGUUCUUGA